AUGGCCAUCCCCAACGCGCAAGCUCAAGCUCAAGAAAGCAUGCUCGACCUACCGGGAUCCAUCGGGGUCACGGUUGACGAUGUGAUUUUCGCGAGCGAAGAGGAUUCGGCGCCUGACUACAAAAACACGUCAAAGACCACCGGUGCGGGAAUCCUCCUCGUGGCCAAGAUAUGCGACGCCCUGUCAAAAUGGGGUGGCUAUGGUGACGACGAUGUCCGUGGCGUCGGUGACCUGGUGGCUAAAAACUUGAUCACCGGCAACUCAUCGCACGUCGAGAUACAGUCGGGGACAGCAAAGGACAUCCCCCAAAAGACGGUCGCCUCGAUGCUCAAAGCGCUCCUGGACCCUACCGUCUCGCGUUCACGAAACGUGCACGUAAACUCCAAUGAGCCCGUCUUGCUCGUCAAUUUCGACCACCCUCCCCUGCCGAAAGACACAGACCGGGUCAACGAUGUAAUUGAUGCAACUGUCCAGGAGCUGCAACAUCAGUGGAACAUUUGGCCCGUACGUGUGUACGGCUAUGCCAGCCCGUUGACACCCCGGACGCAAACGGCAUCCGAUGCUCCUUUUAGCCAGAAAGACAUGCAAAGCGCCGGCUUGUCCAUAACAUUGCUCAAUGUUGUAAAUACAAACAUCGGCGGCCCGAGCAUGCCCCAACUACUCGACGCGCCAUGUGAUGCUCCUGAAUGGAAGAGGUAUGUGAGGCGGGAGAUAUGGAGGGAACAACACCUCGUGAGUCGUGAAGUGGGCAAGGAAAUUUGGGAUCCGCAGGGUGACUCGCCUGCGCACGACGACAACGCAUCCGAGCAAUCCUUCGAAAGCGGCAGUGACGCCGAGGACGAUAAAUCUGUCGGCUCUGAUGCUGCCAACUUGGCGACUGAGAGCAACCCGGAACCGGCUGAGGCACCGCAGUGGGAUAAUGAAGCAGUUGAGGAGCACGAAGAUGUAGCUCCUGAGGUCACUGCUCAUGGCGAAACUCAACCGCUUGCCCAACCAGAGGAGGAUUUGGUCGAAAUGCGCAUCGACGAGGAUGACGGUCAGGAUGCGGGUCAAGCCCCGAUCCAAGAGGAACCGUUUUCGAGGGAAUUAGAGGCGCCUGAGAGACAAGUCAGACAUCCAACAUGGGAACGCCAUGAUGACAGCACCUCUCUGAUCGAUCUCAUCAGAUCCCAGGCGUCGCUGAUUGCGCCUUUCGGGACGGAAGAUGCAGGACAGGGCGUCGGUGACAACGAGGGCAUCGAAUCGCCAUCCGCGGGCGAGGACGAGUAUAUCGUCGUUUGA